ACGUCUCGCUCGAGAAGCUAUAGAAUGUUGAAUGACGGGUAGACCUCCACGUAAUAAGAUACCUAUUUUGUGUAAUCAACUCCUCUUAUGCCUCUAACUUGACAUUACCCAAGUUCAAGUUCUUUAUUACUUCAAGCUUUACAACUAUAAUAUCAGUACAAUAUUACAAACAAUAUAAAUGUAGUGAAAAUCAAUACUAUUUUAGAUCGGGUUUGGACAUCUGUAGCUUUCAACUCUUUAGUUAUAAAUGUGACAGACUCAUAUUAUACAUGUAUAUUGUAUAAUAUGAUGGGUAUAUGUAUGAAGAAUCGGUUCAUUGAAUAAAAUGCUUAGGCAAGGUAAUGUAAUUUAAACAUGCAGUCAAGCAUAAAAAUUUGGUCACUUUCCCAGUGUAAUGGCCUGGGGUAUAUAAUUAUAUUUUGGCCAAAUGUCCCUUGUGUCUUUUAAUUUCAUUGGUGUUUUAGUUUGUCUUAUGUCAUUGGAUUGGUCUUGGAGAUUUUCCCUCCAAGAGUUCUGUUCUUUGUGGUCAGUCUUUAUUCAGUUUUUGAAGAAGAGAGUUGAUUUCAGUAGAUCUGACAUAUUUUGACAAUUAGACAUAGACCGACAUUUUUCCUCUUGAAUGGUAAGUUAAUAAUUUAUUACUAAUGCUAAUCUAUUCUAUAAUUCCUUUACUAAAUGUUAAAUCUGUAAUUUUGCAUAAAAUUCCUUUUGUUGCCACAUUCCUGGAAUAAAUGAUCAGUGAGAGUGAGACUUAUAUAAUGUAAAUAUCUGUGAUAGUAAUGUAUAUGAUUCGUCUCACUGUGAUAUUAUUUUAAAGUAAAAGUAUAUUUUAUGACUUACAAGAUAUUGUAGAUAUCAUAAUUAAUUUAUAGAUCAGACCAGUUUGGUGUCAUCUGUAAAUAUUGUUCACUCGAGCCUAUUCCCAUAGAAUGGGUUUCAUCAUUGGACAAUUCGUGCAUUGCAUGGUAACUCCUGAAUAAACGUCUUGUCGAGAACCCAAACAGGUGUUCCUGUUAUUACUUAAGGGAAAGAGAAACCUGUUACAAAUUGGCGCCCACGUUGGGACAAGACGAUUCUGAAGAAGAGGUGCAAAUUUGGCUUGUCGUUCUAUAAACAUUUGGAUCCAUCUACAGACAACCGGUUCCGGAGUGGGGUACCCCGGAGAGGCCUGAGUGAGCUCAAGUGAAACUAAUCAUUUAAUUUGUGAUUAUUGUGCUUUAUAUAUGUACAUAGUAUCCAAUAUGGAUUAGUAGAACUAAAGAUCAGCUGAUCGGUGAGUUGUUUUUUUUCUUUUUCCAUUGUGUAUUUUGAUGAAGAUCUGCAGAAUCAAAAUUGUCUGUUUUUGGGUACCCAUACGCUAGCUGUUAGAUUAAUUAGGUUGCAGAGUUGUUUACUUUAGAAACGUAAUGUUAUUGUAAUUAGUAGAGAAUCUGUAUUACUAGUAGGUGGUCAGAGAGCGCAGAGAAAAAGGGUUCGUUUCUGCACAAUAUCCCUACCCGUCCCUAUUGCAGGUUUAUAUAUCAUACUAAUGCAUAUAACAUUGUGAAUAGUAACUAAACUCUUUUGACUGAUACAGGACAGUAGGACAGACCAGACAGUGGUAUAUAUUACGGUAUUGGUGUGUAUCUAAAGUUGGUUGGUUGAAAUUGUUGGCCAGAAAAUUAUUCUUGGUUGUUUCAUUGGUUUAAUUUGUUAUUUUAAUUAAGUAGCACAUUUAAAAUCCUCUGAAGUUUAUCUCAGUAUCAUCAUUUGAUUUCAUUUCAGAUUUGCUCAUUGCAUAUUUAUAUUCCCUUUUCUCGUUUUCACGAAGUCGAUAGGUUUCCGGAUUUUUUCCCCGUUAAAUUCAUCGUGUUCGGUUUCUUUCAGUCAUUUUCGAUUUCCGAUCGAGCUCGAUAUUCCGAUCAUUGCGAAUACCGGAAGUUUCAAUUGUAAACACGCGUUUGUUCAAUUUUUCUAAUUUCAUUUACAUUUCAGCUUUAUUUACUCGUUGUGUUUGUGUGUUCUUUAUUUAUUAAAAGUAAUUUAUCAGUAUAUUUUCUGAUCUCAAUCCAGCUUACAUAUAUCGCGGAUUUGCAGGUAAAUUCUUAAAUAAAAGUGUUCAAACAGGUAAGCAGCUAUCAGCUGAUAUCUCGAGUUAAUUUAUCGAAGUUGUUUGUCUUCAUUUUAUAGAUGUAAACAUUUGAAUAUUACAGUGAGUGGGAUAGUCACUUUCUUGCAGGGUCUCCGCAUUCUAUCAUAUAUUCAGAAUUUAAACAAAAAUAUUAUUUGUGUAUUUCGCUGACUUGAGUUGUAAAUUUUGUUGAUAAUUAUUGCAUAUUAUUGCGUUUAAAUCUACAGAAUAUAUUACUAUACCGGAAGUGCACAUCUACUUUCACUUUGACCUUAGGUAUUCAAGUUUUGUAAGAAGUUUAUAUUCUGAAAUUAAUUGUUUAGUGUAGAUUAGCUUUUCCCCUGAAUUUCUUUGGUUCAUAAGAACUACCCUCCUAAGAAAAUUAUCCAAAUUUAUUGCCCUGUGUUUAUCAUAGUCCAAUCAAUGACUACCCCCCUUUAGUCCUUUUUCAUUUAUUUGUAUGUACAUAUUAUUUUGUGUAAUUGUUUUACUUUGUUGUUUACCAAACCAUAUUCGAACCAUGUCUACGGAUAAGGACCCAACAGCAGAAGCCCCAGCAAACACUAUGUCCAAAGAAGAGAUUGAGCAACUAGUUAAGACUCUCUCAGCUAUGAAAGUGAAACCCAAGGCAGAUACACCUGAGGAUCUAAUACAAUGGAUGUCAUCCUUGGUAGGUGCAGAGGUACCAGUAGCCGAAUCGAGUGCAGUUAAGACAGAGCAUUCAGUUCAUACACAUAAGGAGAUAGGAGAGUACCAUUUGCCUUAUAAACAGCCCAUACGCAUCUCAACAUUUUCUGGUCAUGGGAAGGGUGAGACAUCUUACGAGCUUUGGCGUUAUGAGGUCACAUGUUUAAUGAAGGAAGGACACUCUAAGGAAGCGAUCAUGAUGGCAAUCAGAAGGUCAUUGAAGGGAGAGCCUGCCAAUGCAUUGAUGCGAUUAGGAUCUGUUGAGAUUGUAGAGGAAAUACUAUUGAAGUUUGACAGUAUAUAUGGUAGUGUACUAGAAACUGAGGAUAUCUUAGCAGAAUUCUAUAGCGCACGACAAAAGGAUAAUGAAGAUUGUGCCACAUGGAGUGUCAGGCUGGAAGAUCUAAUUAAUAAAGCGAUUAAGAAAGGAAAGGUGUCUCCAGUUGCCGCCAACGAAAUGCUCAGAACCAUGUUUUACAAAGGACUACGUCAGGAUCUGAGAGACAUAACGGGUCAUCUUUUCCACACGACUUAUGAUUUUGACAAACUUAGGGUGGCGAUAAGAAAAGUUGAGACUGAGCAUCAGCCAGCAAUAAGACCAAAACAUGCAACUGUUAAGUCUGCAACUACAACUAGCGAUGAUCGUUUUGAUCAGUUGCAAUCACAGCUCAAUCAGCUAUCUGCCCAUGUGAUGCAGUUGAGACAACCAUAUCCUCAGAAUCCACAUUAUGGAUCUCAGCAGAAAAAAAGGAUAUGGGAAGCAACAGUUUAA